CAUUAGGCUCCCGAUCAAAGCCCAUUCUGUUCGUCACCAAUUCUGUUCUCGGCUCACUUGCUCGAUCGCCAAUUCGCCAUGGGAGGCUCUCAAAGCCGCGAGGACUUGGAGCUCUCAGAUUCCGAGGAAGAGGAAGAAGAAGAAGGAAACGAGAAUGAAGGGGAGCGACAAGAUCGAGAUGAAGCGGGGCCUCGAUCUGGAGGAACCCUAACUCCAGCCUCAUCCAUCGACGAGGUCGAUCGUAAGCUCCAGGCUCUCAAGCUCAAGUAUUCUAAUUCGUCCCUUUCACCCUCCCCGUCCUCCUCGCGGAAGCCUAAUUCCAGAAACGCGGUCAAGCUCUACCUUCACAUCGGCGGCAACUCCCCCGCCGCACGGUGGGUCGUCUCCGACAAAUUCGCAUCCUACGAAUUCGUUCGCGACUCAGGAUCUGAUGAAUCUGAUGGCGAGGAGAGUCCUUCCUCGCCUUGGUUACUGCAAAUCGGCUCCAAGGUCCGCUCCAGGAUCGACCCAAACUUGCAGCUCAAGUCCUUUCCUGGCCAGCGCCGCGUUGACUUCGUGGCAGAUGGGGUCUGGGCGAUCAAGUUCCCCUCUCCAGAGAGUUACCGGGAGUUUCAGAAUCGGUUCCAAAGCUGCCUCUUUGAGAACACUUAUGGAUUUGAGUCGAACCAGGAUAAUAAAGUCAAGAUUUUUGGGAAGGAUUUUACGGCGUGGGCACAACCGGAGGAAGAAGAUGACAGUAUUUGGGCAGAUGCAGACGAAAGCUUCGAAAAGAGUCCUGGUCGGUUGGCUACUCCAACCAGGAUGAAACAAGACAUGCUGGAGGAGUUCGAGGAGGAGGCUGAUGAAGGAGGGAUACAAAGCCUCGCCCUUGGCGCUCUCGACAAUAGUUUUUUGGUGAGCAAUUCAGGGAUUCAGGUCCUCAGGAACUUUAGCCAUGGGGUCCAUGGCAAGGGUGUGUCUGUGAAGAUUUCGGGUAAUGGGGGUCGAGCUGUUGCAUAUUCAACCCCCAAGAAGGCACUUUUGAUGAGAGCAGAAACUAAUAUGUUACUGAUGAGCCCUGUAGAAGCUGGUAAGCCACAUGCAACUGGGGUUCAUCAUCUGGAUAUUGAGACAGGAAAAGUUGUGACAGAGUGGAAAUUUGAGAAGGAUGGAACUGAUAUUACUAUGAGAGACAUUACGAAUGACAGCAAGGGAGCUCAGUUAGAUCCAUCAGAGUCAACCUUCUUGGGGUUGGAUGAUAAUAGGCUAUGCCGUUGGGAUAUGAGGGACCGCAGAGGUAUAGUUCAGAACCUUGCAAAUGCCAAGGAAUCGCCAGUUCUAGAAUGGACACAAGGACAUCAGUUCUCUAGGGGAACAAAUUUCCAAUGCUUCGCGUCAACAGGAGAUGGUUCUAUUGUUGUCGGGUCUGUGGACGGGAAGAUACGACUUUAUUCAAGGACUUCUAUGAGAAUGGCAAAGACGGCAUUUCCGGGCCUUGGCUCGCCAAUCACUCAUGUGGAUGUCACUUUUGAUGGGAAAUGGAUAUUGGGCACAACAGACACGUAUUUAAUCCUCAUAAGCACAGUCUUCAAAGACAAAGAUGGAAAAGAGAAGACUGGUUUUAGUGGGAGAAUGGGACACAGGAUUGCUGCUCCAAGAUUGUUGAAGCUUACUCCACUGGAUUCUCAUCUGGCUGGUAAAGACAAUAAAUUCCAUGGAGGACAGUUCUCAUGGGUGACUGAAAACGGCAAGCAAGAGAGGCAUCUGGUUGCGACCGUCGGUAAAUUUAGUGUCAUAUGGAAUUUCCAGCAAGUGAAAAACGGCAACCAUGAAUGUUACAAGAACCAGGAAGGGCUGAAGAGCUGCUACUGUUACAAGGUCGUCCCCAAAGAUGAAUCCAUCGUCGACAGUCGCUUCAUGCACGAGAAGUUUGCAGUGACCAACUCUCCCGAAGCUCCCCUCGUGGUUGCGACGCCGAUGAAAGUGAGCUCCAUUAGUAUCUCAGGUAGGCGAUAACUUUGCUAACCAAACGUGUUUACAUUAACUGAAACUUUUAUGAUGUGAUCUGCCUCUGCCUAUUUGGAGAUUUUCCUGUUGUUGAAACUGCAUUAGUUGCGCACUAAUUACUCGUUUGUUUAUGAUUGUCAAGUAUUUUUCAUGAUUUGAACUUUA